UUUAUGUCACGAACCCGUUUCUAUUGUUCCAAGCUUGUCAUCCGAAUCCUCCGUCCGUCCCACGUUGUCCUCGAACCCAAUUCGCCCUUCCCUGGCUAACUUGGCUAACUUGGCUAAAGAGAAAUUGUUGCAAGGAACUAUGCCGCAAUUCACAUGCUGCAUCUCUUCUUGAGAGCAAAUCUACUCCGUGAUCUAAGUCUAGUCGUUUCCCCCUUCAGUAAGGUACACAGCACCAUCUUCUGAGUUGGAUGGUUAUGUCUAGUAUUAUGUUCUAAAGUAAAAAUUGGGAAACCCUACAUUUCCACCUUCUUUCUAGACGGUUAAUUUGGACUGUCAUUGUACAAUAUGAUAGAUCACGUUCUCGGCAAGCCUUCUGUGAAGUCGCGAAGGCUCCAGGUGCUUGCCGUGCUGACGUUCUGGUCCUUCUAUCUGUUCAAAGGUCAUCGACAUGGCCCGCCACUUGCUCGAUACUUAUCUAAAAUCUCCUCGAAAACGUUAACAGCAUGGCAGACCGUUGUGUUUACGAUGAUGUAUCUGUACGCUGCCCGGAAUUUCAGUACUCUCGUCGGACUUGCUAGUCCGGAGCCAAUGGCGAAUAUGUACGACGCCAAAUACUUCCGCGCAACCUGGAUUCUCACCGCCCUCGAUGCGGGAUUCUGGACUGCCAUGAAAAUAAGGAGAAAAUGGAUAAGAGAUAUAGCUAGCCUGGUGUUCUCCGUAUUCUAUAUGGUAGCAGCCGAACGCGCGGAUGAGAAGGUUAGAAAGGUUAGAGGAGCCCUGACAGUCGAUCAUCUGCGGGUCAGUUGGAACAAAGGGACUACACUAUAUCUACGGACUUUUCAGAAUCUCAUGAGGCCCCGGUUUACGCGGUGGCCGGCGCGAGCUAUCCGUAUUCCACGACCUAGCACAAGCGAUUACAAGGAACCCGUUUCUGGGUGGCUGUAUUAUGAUGGACCGAUUUCGGAUCUGGAGCACAUCAACAGGAUGAUUCUAGACAUUCCCGGCGGAGGCUUUGUGGCUAUGGAUCCGCGAUGCAACGAUGAUAAGCUAUUUGCCUGGGCCGGGAAGACAGGCCUUCCGGUGCUCAGUCUAGAUUACAAGAAGGCCCCGGAAUUCCCGUAUCCGUACGCACUAAAUGAAUGUUUUGAUGUGUAUUCGACUAUCAUUAGGAGUAAAGGGCGGUGUAUAGGGAUGUCGGGGUUGGAGAUUCCAAAGGUCGUGGUAACUGGUGAUAGCGCUGGCGGAAAUCUUGCGACAGCAAUGACUUUGAUGGUAAUCGAGAGCGCCACUGAUCGGCGUCAAUCAUCGGCCCAGGCAGAUCUGCCCGUCCCAGUCGGGCUUGUGCUCAUGUACCCUGGGUUGGAUAUGAAUAUCGGCAAUUGGAUGUCUGACGAGCAGAUGUCUCUUAUUAAAGACCGGCGGAUGAGGGUGACAAACAAGGACUACCUACGUCGCAAGAGCAUGCAAUAUAAUGACCUUGUCGGCACACCCCACCAAUCGGACGAUGAAGAUGAAGAGCCUUCUGGCCUAACCCCAGGCACAAAGAUGUCUAAAUCAGAAACUCGCGCAGACGACGAUGGGCUUCGUAGUCCUCAGCCGGAAUACUCCCACGCCAAUCGCCAAAAUUGGGCGAAGUCCCAAUCAUUGGCGCCAACCUCGAGCCGAGAUAUCAAACCGAUGUCGCAUAGACCCGAACCGAUGCGGACACGCUUGGCCAUGGCAUCUAUGAUCUCUUAUUUCAAUGAUCGUGUUUUAACCCCCGAGAUGAUGCGCGCGAUGAUCAUUCUAUACAUCGGACCCCACAACCGACCCGAUUUCUCGCAGGACUACCUCUUGUCUCCUAUACUGGCUCCUGAUUUCCUAUUACAGAAAUUCCCUAAAACGUAUUUCCUUACCGGCGAACGGGAUCCCUUGGUCGAUGAUACUGUCAUUUUCGCAGGACGUUUGCGUCGUGCAAAGCACGCCUGGCACUCGCAGCGUAGCUCUCAGGGUAUGAAAGGCUUAGAUGACAUUACGGACUUCGACGAGAAGGAUGUCGCUGAAGUCGUUCUGAUACCCGGAAUUAGUCAUGGCUUCACUCAAUUUCCAACUUUGUACCCACCUGCGUGGAAGCUUAUCGACCGUUGCGCGCGAUGGGCUAUGAAUCUGCUCGAGACGGAGGAGGCGCGGGCAAGGAGUGAACGGGAGAAUGCGUCUCGGCCACGUCAUGUGCGCACCGAAUCCAGCGGCGACGAAGACCGGCCUCUUGAGAUAAAUAUGACGAAGCUCCGAUCGAGAGCCGUCAGCAACGGGUUACCAGCGAAACCAAGCAGCCCCGAACAAGGGAAAGAGGGCGAUGUAGAUAAACCAAAUGGAAAUUCGAGGAAGAGAAGGUCUAAUGGAAGGACCGGAAUGGGGCAGAAAUCGAAGAGCCUGGUGAAGCUGGAUAGUUCGGACGAUCUACUGGGUCGACGCAUGCAGGGUCUCGCCGGAUCUUUGACCGGUGCGCAUGAGGAAGAUUAAGCUAUACUUGGUAGACGACGGAAUUAAUCUAAAACACUUAGGAACCAAUACUUACCUGAUAUUCCAGCGACUUUCAGGGUGCUCGUG